UCCUCGUAUUAAAUGGGUUGGAAUAAAACACAAACAAUUUGUUUUUCUAAUUUGAUAAUUUAUCAUUAUCAAAUUUAAUAUUAAUGUAGACAAAUAGUUCUGUUUAACAUAUUAGCAAGUCGGAUUAAGAAAGGAAUACAAAAUAUAUGUGAAGAUAAAAUUUGCUGCAAAGUAAUGACAAAAUGUGCCAAAGAACUUGCAGUGAUGUGAGGAGUACUGGCUUAUUGGAGACCUCAGAAUGAGUGGGUGUUGCAUGAGCACGUAUAUGUGUGAAGUCUGGAGACCUCCCCCACUCCCCAACAAUACUGGAGUGGAUUUGAAGACAAUUUAUGCUAAUGAUGAGGCCUACAACAAAUACACAAAGUUGUGCCCAGGGUAUGGAUAUACUCAUGGUCCAGACAUCAGUAAUUCUACAGUUGCCAGUGCUGGUCUUGGAGCAGGAUAUAUCGUUCUGAUAUUUUUCGCAGUGCUGCUGCCCAUCAUUAUCAUCGGUGUCGUUCUUUAUAAAUGCUACAACAAUCAGCACUCCAGUACAACACUACCUUUCAACGCAUACAAAGACAUCAACUACUUAGACAACAAAGCAUGCAAAGGAAUCAGUUGGCAAGAUACGAAUGCCACUACUCGGCCCAGCCCGAUUGAAACUAGCCUCACAAACAGUAAUAGUGAUGGGGCAGAUACACAGGCUCAAAGUCCACAUACAGAGAAUGAAACAACAGCAGUUUACUCAAAAGUUGAUAGAAAUGUUGGAAAAGGUCAGAAGGAAAAUGCAGCAACAGGUGAAAGCAAUCAGUCUCGAGAAAGUCAUGGCAGAAAGAUGUCUAAGAGAGCUAGUGAAAAUGGGAGAGAAAAGGUUAGAGAUGAAACUUCAUCCAUGAAAAGAAAAAACUGUGAUAAAGUUGAAAGAACGCUAACACCUGUUGAGAGUUUAGAACCAGAAGAGAUUGAUGAAAUCCAAAAUAAAGCAGAUCAAAACUCUGCAAAUGAUGUUUCAAGAACUUUAUCUGACUUGAUUGCUUACCAUGUUCUGAACUCCAAUAACAAAAGUGUUAAUACUCCACCAAGUUUGAAUAUUUAUGAUUUAAGACAUUUUGAAGGCAGAAAUGCAAAUCGUUUACCUUCACUUGGCAGUCAAUCUGUUAAACACAGAAAUUCAGAAUCACAGAUUACUUCACCAAAAAAGAGAAAGAAAAUGGGCAUGUUUCGAAAGUCUGCUCCUGUGCCUUCACAAAAUGAUGCAAAUAUGCCGAGUUAAUGUAUAUUUGUUUGUAUUGUAAUGACCCCUAUCCAGCCAAAUGGACUUCCAGAUGCUAUUGUAUCUUGUUAUAUUAAUUAAUUUCUCAUCUGUUAUUGUAUUCUCAUGUCUGUCUUGUAAUACAGGUACAUUAAUUUAUUUCACAUCUGUUUUGAUAUAUUGCCAUUAAUUCCAAACCUUUCUCCUUAAAUGGCUAUUGAUUUUUGUAGAUAUUGAUAUUUUGGAAUUCUUUUCAUGUCAAUAUUUUGAUUAUGCAAUUGAUUUUAUUUCUCCCUUUUUUGUUUUGUUAUAUAAACGACUGUCCAUUUAGUUAAUUAUUGUAUGUAACUGGCCACAUAACCUUGGUUUGAGAUUUUAGGUAGCAAUAAUUUGUUAUCUUUGAUACAUGUAAAUGUAUUAUUCAUUCACAAAAGAUCUUACAAAUAUUCUUUCAACUUAUGUGGGCAUAUGUGUGCUCUCACUUUUGUAAUCUCACUUAAGUGCAAGACGCUUUUGGUGAGCUUUUCGGAGCGCUUUUCGGAGCGCUUUUUUUUUCCAUGGGGUGUCAUAUGUUGUGUAUAAAUAUUUGUAGCUCACCUGAGCACAAUGUGUUCAUGGUGAGCUUUUAUGAUUGCCUUUUGUCGGUCGUGCGUUGUCAGUUGUAGACAUUAACCAUUUUUACACUCUAGAGGCAACAUUUAAUGUCCGAUCUUAAUGAAACUUGAUUAGUACACGUGUCCUAACAAUAUCUUGGUUUGAAAAUGGUUCUGUUUGGUAAAAAAAAAAGAUGCCAGAAGGCAGUUUUCUUAAUAUGGCUAUAGUAAAACCUUGGUAACACAUUUGUAGCCACAAUUAUUGUCCAAUCUUCAUGAAAAUUUUCCAAGACAUUUGUUAUAAAGAUAUUUUCCAUGACGUUGAAAAUGGUUCCGCUUUGUUUAAAAACAUGUCCACGAAGAGCGGGCAUUUUUCCUUAUAUUGCUAUAUUUAUACAUUGUUAACACUCCAUAACACACAUUUUUAGUGCAAUAUAAAUAAUACUUAUAACAAAUGAAAUCUUUGCUAAGAUUGAAACUGGGUCAUAUGAACUAAAAAAACUAGGUCACUUUGUCAAAUUAAGAAAUAUCUUUAAAAAAUAUAUGGUGUUGAUUGUGGCUGGUGUUCAUGAAAGAUAGAGAGUUAUAUAAUAAUCAAAUCAAAGAUAGAAAAAGCCUUUUUAUACCCGUAGCCAGUUCGGCACCCAACAUUUUUUUAUCAGUCACUGAGUAUGGUCAAUGAAAGUGAAAUUUAAUAUAAAAAUGCUUUAUAACUUCAGUCUCUAAAUACAGAUAAAAAGUCACUAGAAUGCAGGAUUUAAAGUUUCAUUUUCCAAAUUGCGGGGAGGACCUCCCCCCCCCCCCUCCCGAUUGCAGGAAGGGUCAGCCUCAUAGGAGAAAUUGUUGACUUUGGGUAAUAAAGGAACUUGUUCACACUUUUUCAGGGGGUUUUCAAAUGUUAUUAGCUCAUCUAUUUAUUUAUUUUUAAUUAUGAGCUAUUGUCAUCACCUUGGCGUCGGCGUUGGUGUCCGGUUAAGUUUUGCGUUUAGGUCCACUUUUCUCAGAAAGUAUCAAUGCUAUUGCAUUCAAACUUGGUACACUUACUUAGUAUCAUGAGGGGACUGGGCAGGCAAAGUUAGAAAAGUCUGGCGUGCAUUUUGACAGAAUUAUGUGCCCUUUUUAUACUUAAAAAAUUGAAAAUUUUGGUCAAGUUUUGUGUUUAGGUCCAUUUUAUUCCUUAAGUAUCAAAGCUAUUGCUUUCAUACUUGCAACACUUACUAACUAUCAUAAGGGGACUGUGCAGGCAAAGUAAUAUAACUCUGACUGGCAUUUUGACAGAAUUAUGUGCCCUUUUUAUACUUAGAAAAUUGAAAAUUUGGUUAAGUUUUGUGUUUAGGUCCACUUUAUUCCUACAGUAUCAAAGCUAUUGCUUUCAUACUUGCAACACUUAUUAACUAUCAUAAGGGGACUGUGCAGGCAAAGUUAUGUAACUCUUACUGGUAUUUGGACGGAAUUAUGGGCCCUUUAUACUUAGAAAAGUGAAAAUUUUGUUAAGUUUUGUGUUUUGGUCCACUUUACCCCUAAACUAUCAUAGAUAUUGCUUUCAUACUUGGAACACUCGCAAACUAUCAUAAGCGUACAGUAAAAGGACAAGUUGCAUAACUCUGGUUGUCAUUUUUACGGAAUUAUGGCCCUUUUUUGACUUAGUAACUUUGAAUAUAUGGUUAAAUUUUGUGUUUCGAUCCACUUUACUUCUAAUGUAUCAAGGCUAUUGCUUUCAAACUUCAAAUACUUUCAUGCUAACAUAAGGUUACUGUACCUGGCAAGUUGAAUUUUACCUUGACCUUUGAAUGACCUUGACUCUCAAGGUCAAAUUAUUGCUAAAAAUGCCAUAACUUCUUUAUUUAUGAUUAGAUUUGAUUGAUACUUUGACAAAAACUACUCUUACCUGACAUACCACAAUAGACUCCACCCAAACCAUCCCCCUUGC